GAGCUGACGGUGUAAGCGAGUGCCCGAGACAGGAAGGACUGCUGAGCACUGAAUGCUAACAAGGGGGAGAGAGAGUACAUGUCCACGGCGAGCGGAAAGGUGGGGGGUUCAACAGCGAGAUAUGGAGAAAUACAAUUAACCUGCAAUGUGCCAACGCCAAAUUCACGCCGAUCAUAACCAUCCUCACCACCGAUCAUCAUCCUCAUCAUCACCGCCACCAACAGCGCGACCGUCCUCGUCUUUUUUCUCCUCCUAAGUGAAAUGUAUCGGGACUGCAUGGGCUCUUUUUUCUGACAAUGGAGAUUGAGAAUAUCGUGGCCAACACCGUGCUGCUGAAGGCGAGAGAAGGAGGAGGGGGGAAACGGAACGGGCGGAGCAAGAAAUGGAAGGAGAUGCUUAAACUGCCUCAUAUCAGCCUCUGUGAGGAACUUAGACGCACUAUUGAGAGGGAUUACACUAGCCUUUGUGAGAAGCAACCAAUUGGUCGUCAGUUGUUUCGCCAGUUCUGUGAUACUCAGCCCAAAUUACGACGGUGCAUAGAGUUCCUGGAUUCUGUGGCAAUGUAUCAGGUGGCUCCGGAUGAGAAGAGGAGAGACGUCGGUUUAAAUAUUUUAGACACAUAUUUUAAUAAUGGGUCGGCAGCUCAUUUACCAGAGAUCGCUCAGGAUGUGGUUGGGGAAUGCAGGCAGAAACUGGAACAGAGUCCUUGUAAAGAGCUGUUCCAGGAGUGUACCAGGAUAGUUCGUGAAUAUUUAAGUGGAGAGCCAUUCUCAGCAUAUCAGGAGACAAUGUACUUUUCCCGUUUUCUUCAGUGGAAGUGGUUGGAGAGGCAACCGGUAACCAAAAACACUUUUAGACACUACAGGGUAUUGGGCAAGGGCGGAUUUGGUGAGGUUUGUGCCUGCCAGGUUCGUGCCACUGGUAAGAUGUACGCCUGUAAAAAGCUGGAGAAGAAACGGGUGAAGAAAAGAAAAGGUGAAGCAAUGGCAUUAAAUGAAAAACGCAUUUUAGAAAAAGUUAACAGUAGUUUUGUAGUUAGUUUGGCAUAUGCAUAUGAGACUAAGGACGCUCUAUGUUUGGUGUUGACUAUAAUGAAUGGUGGUGACCUGAAGUUUCAUAUCUAUAACAUGGGAAACUCAGGUUUUGAUGAACAGCGUGCCAUCUUUUAUGCAGCAGAGAUCUGCUGUGGCUUAGAGGAUCUGCAUCGAGAGAGGAUCGUCUACAGAGACUUGAAGCCUGAGAAUAUUCUCCUAGAUGACCGUGGGCACAUCCGUAUUUCUGAUCUGGGACUGGCUGUCCAAAUUCCAGAGGGUGAGACGAUACGAGGGCGCGUUGGCACGGUGGGAUACAUGGCACCAGAGGUCAUUCAGAACGAGAGCUACACUUUUAGUCCCGACUGGUGGGGUUUGGGCUGCCUAAUAUACGAAAUGAUUCAGGGCCAGUCUCCUUUUCGUCGCCGGAAAGAGCGUGUGAAGAGAGAGGAGGUGGACCGCCGUGUUUGCGAGGACCAGGAGGAAUACACUGAAAAGUUCUCUGAAGAUGCUAAAGACAUCUGCCGACAGUUGUUAUGUAAAGAUCCAAAGGAGCGGUUGGGGUGUAAAGGCAGUGGAGCGGCUGAAGUCAAACUGCAUCCCAUUUUCCGAAACAUCAACUUCAAGCGAUUGGAGGCUAACAUGCUAGACCCGCCGUUCUGUCCUGAUCCACGUGCUGUGUACUGCAAGGAUGUUCUGGACAUAGAGCAGUUUUCCACAGUCAAAGGUGUAAACCUUGACCCUACGGAUGAUGACUUCUACCACAAGUUUGUAACAGGAAGUGUCUCCAUCCCAUGGCAAAAUGAGAUGAUUGAGAUGGAGUGCUUUAAAGAGAUUAAUGUGUUCGAGAUGGAUGGAGCAAUGUGUUCUGAUCUGGAUGUGAACAAGCCAAAUCCAGCGCCCAAGCGAGGAUUCUUCUACCGUUUAUUCCGCCGAGAGGCAAGUGCUAGCGUGCCGCCUGCCGCUGUCAGAGGGGGUGGGGCUUGAGGUUUGUUUUAGGAGUGCCAACAGUGAGGAGGAGGAGCCAUCUUGACUUAAAACCACUCCCACUUCCCAUCAGCUGCCAAUCAGAAUGCUAAACGUAUGAAUGUUCAACUGUAUUUAUGAACUGUAUUAAACUGUAUCAUAAUUAAAGAAAAGGGUAUGAGUUUAAAGAAUUUUGUACAUUUGUACUUGAAUUAUGUGUAGAUGUAUAUUUUCACUAAAGGUUGUAUUGUACAAAAAGCCAUAGAAAUACCACUUGAAUGCAUAUAUAAUGUUUUUAUUGUUAUUAUUUUUCAUCUGUACUGAAUAUGAAAUGUGUAUUUCUUUUAAGCACAAUAUAAACGCUCACUUUUAUUUUUUAACGCUAACCUCCCGUUAGCACUGCCUUUGUUUGUAUGUUAGAUUGUUUGGCUGGACAGAUUUGGUGCACUUGUUUUGUACAGUGGGGUAAGAUCAAACAACAUAAAGAAAGCAGUACAAAUGAUCUAUUCAUCAUUAUCAUUUCUAGUGGUCAACCGAAACAGGUGGAUGGCUGAUGGUCGAAUGCUAAUAAAAACGGUAUUGCCUACAUAUACAGUGGGGUCCAAAAGUCUGACAACACUAAGUAAAAUGGUUCUAAUUUACAUAGUUCUAAUUCAGUACGAUACAAAUUAUAUGAUCAGCGUAACAAUUUGAGUAACCGAUGAGUAAAUGUCGAACCGAAUUUGCUUAUUUGAUUAGUAACCUACACUACAAAACUUUAGUGUAGAAUAAAAAAAGUUUUUGAUAGUAAAUUUUACAAUUAAUUACAGUGAAAGAGAAACUAACACAUGGAAUUCAAAAUGACAUUUUGAAGUAGAAAGACUUAACUAGUAUUUGCUUGAAAACAUAACUUUACAGUGUAGAAACCUAAAAUACAUAUACAUUUUUUGUCGUUCUUGUUUUGAAGUCUUUGUAAAGGCAAUUCAGAGAAUUGUUUCUAAACACAUUACAAAUGUUAGAAAUGUAUUGCUGAUAAAACGUUACAACGACUGUGAACUGCGUACAAAUGAAUUGUGGAGUCAGACCGAUAAACAGUUUUUCACCAUUUUACUAACACUAUAGAGGGUUUGCACUUAUGCCACGAUUUGGUCAGUUACCCGGAUCCACGGCCAUAUUGGUGAUACUCGGAUGUAAACAACAGCAUUGAUUAAAUUAAACUAAGUUAACAGGUGGUAAAGAUACUUACGAGCAGUAUUAAUUAAGAUAUUAGCCUAAAUUUUCACCUACCUGAUGGGAAAUGAGAAGAACAAACACAUGUUGUCAAGAUUCUUGCCCUGGAAAUCCUGGUUUAACCUUAGUUUGGCCAACCACAAACCUCUUUUGUUCCUCAGUUUUUUGCACUCUUCUCCUUGAUUUGUUAUAACUUUUGGCAGUGUAUAGUACUCCAAAUCUUUUGCCCAGUCAGACCGAUUAGUACAGCCCAAAACAUGACAACAAUUGACCAUUUUCAGCAGCAAUAAUCAGCAAAAAUUUGCGAGUUCCGUUCGCUUCAGUGGCAUUGUUUACGUUCAGUCCCGCCAAUGUGGACGACUGAUGACACGCCAUGAAAACACUCUAUAAUAAUAAUUAGAGCGCAUUAGCCAGCUCAAUCGCGAGUUAAUGUCAUUACAGUUAGUUGUUACAGCCUGCAGUUCGCUAGCUGUUUUCGUCACGUAAAUACAUCCCUGGUUGCGAUAAUUUACAACAGCUCACUCAUCCAUUCAGGUUGUAGCGGUAUUUGACGGUUGAGAGAGGUGGCGCCUUUUCCGCGAGUGGGCGUGGUUUCUGCGCAGACAGCGGUUUGAGAGCAGAGAAUACGGCUUGUUUUUUCAACGUAUUUUAUUUACUUGGCGGUUUUUUGUCAUUCAAAUUUGUCUGGUGGUUAAUAACAUUUUUCUGUGGUGUUACAAACUCAUAAAGAACACAUAAUAAAAUUGCUUUACACAGACUUUUUUAUCGUUCAAAAUACAUGUAGAAUCCCAGUUUUUCAGUGUUGCCUCAGACUUAUGAACUCCACUGUAUAAUUUGAAUUUUUGACAGCUGUUGGUGGAUUUUUAUACUGAUAAAAGGAAGUGUUAACACUUACGUUAAUGACAAUGGGAGUGCCAAAAACCUCAAAAUGACCAAAUAUCAAACAAUUAAUUAGCCUGAUUGAAAUAUCAGUCUGUUACUAGUCAUGACCAUUCCUCCAUAGCUUCCAUGCGGUUCAUGCAGCAGUUAAGAAGUGCAUGAAACAAGUAAUACUUACAUCUUGGAUCUCUGUGCAUCAGGUGACUAAUACCUAUUUUGGUCAUAUGCAUAAUCUUGAGAUGAACACACAUUCGUUCUUAUGCUCUGUAUAUGUUAAAUACAGGGAAACAAUCAGACUUAUUGUGCAAUUGUCCACUGAUAUAGUUUACGGUGUCUGAUACUAGUGCUGAAAUCUAGAGAGCAGGAUGGCUGAUGUAAUGGUGAUAUAUAUGUACGUAAAUAAUUGAUUUAAAACAAUGGUACACCCAAAAAUGAAAAUUUCUUGAAUAUUUAGUCCAUCCGAGAUUUUUUCAUUGAGACAGAUUUGAAGAAAUUCAGCAUUACAUCACUUUCUCACUAAUGGAUCCUUCUGCAGUGAACAGGUGCCGUCCAAACAGCUGAUAAAAGUACAUUUUCAGCAAAUUUUCAUUUUUGGGUGAACUGUUCUUUUGAUUAUGUCAUAUUACAUUAUAUUUACUCAAAAUCCACGUAAAAUUGAAUUUAGAAAAUAUUUGUUAUCCUUUAACAGAGCUGUUGUUAGAUUUUGGACCUGAUGCAAGGGAAUACUAAUACUAAAAGUUUUGUUAAGUGGCCAUAGAUACCAAUAAUAUCAGAAAUGAGCCAAAUAUUGUUCAAUUAACCAAUUUUGUUGACUGUUUGCUAAUAUCCACAUUCAGUGCUCUCAUGGUUACCUUUAGUGCCAUCAGGAAUCUUUACAGUGGUUUCAACCAGGCCAGUGUAAACUACCUAAAUAAGCUUCAUCUUUAAAUUUGCUCACUUGACGGCUCUCAAAUGAGCUGUUGAUUUUGCCUUAUGUGUCAUGUUCGGUUAAUAUUCCAAAGGGAGUAUUGAUUGAUCUGUUAAUGAUAAUCAUAUAAUGUAAUUAAUAGCCGUGCACCAUGUCAGAAGUGUGCAAUUUGUUUAUCACACAUGCACAUUUUAUGUUACAUUGUAUUUAUGAAUUUGUUUUGCUUUUGUGUGUAUCUGUAUGCCAUUAAUUCAAUCACAAGGAGGUAAUGCUUCCAUUCAGAGAUCGGAAUUAGUCUCAAAUGUGUCAUUCCUAAAUGUGUAGAAAAAAAAGCAAGGCCUGUAUUUCCCACUAAAAUGUCAUUUACGUUAGACAUUUUAUUUGGAUUCAGUUCUUUAAAGCAGAAAUGUCAUUUUUGAUCUUAAGAACUUCCUCAAAGGCUAUCAUAAUAUACAGAGACAAAAUAUAAACAACUUAUAGGACGAUUCCGUCUCUGGCGUGAUCAAAAUACUAUUCUGUUUGUAAGAGAAUCCCAACCAAUGGGGUAAGUCUGGGACGGGGCUAUGAGAGUAAAGCUCAAAUAGGAAGCAUUGUUUUACCUUUGACUGCUCCAUCACCCAUUUGUUUUUCUUUUAUGAGGAUCUUUAUGGUCCCUUUUGCAAAGCUGUGAACUUAAACUCCUCUUCUGUUAUUCCCAUAUGUGUGCAUGUUCUACUGUAUCCAUGGUUUUACAAGAGGAAGAGCACUCACUUUAGUUGACAAUAAAAUUAUGAGUUGAUA